GCUGCAGUGACAACACUAGAUCCUUAACCUGCUGCGUCACAGGAGAACUCCAGUUCAGUACUUUGUUGAACUCUGUGUACUAAAUACUUUUUCAGGCCCAUUGGGUGCAAAGAAAAAUUUUAUCCCUGACCAUGAGAAACUUAGUCAUAGCAUGAUGUGCAUACCACCAGAGGGGUGAGUGUAUGAUUCAUCAUUCAGUAAUAGAAGGCUGCACAGUCCAGAGAAGGAGGAGACAGGGCAGGAAGUGUAGUCAGAAAAGACCCUGCAAGGAGGUGAUGGGUCUGCCCGUGUUCUUCUAGAGUCAUUUCCUGUGUCCCCCGGAAACCCUUCUUUGUGGGGAUGUGCCUUGUGGAGCAGAGGAAUAUAGGCCUUGGGUGUAUAAACAGGCAUGACUGUGCAGUUCCUAUACAAGGACCUUAAGCUCAGUUCAGCUGGGAGAUGAGGUGUUUUUUACUUGGCCCCGGGCAAGCUGAUCAGCUUAUUUGUUAGGUUUUGAUAGCUUUCUGUGCAGUCGAAAUAGUUGACCUUCCUUGCUUUGCUCAGGAGUUGAAGAAAACAUGUAAAUGGUCUUCAACUUUACUUGCGUUUUACGUAUGUACAGAAAUAUCAGUGUGACCGAAACUGAAAGGUGGGAAAAAAUGGAAUGACUUGCUUUUCUUUAGUAGAAAUGUAAGUCAGUUUGGAAAGCAACCAGAGUGUUGUGUAAGUGUUUUCAGCGGCUGAAGUGCAGGAGCUCAGGUUACAGGGCAUCUCCCAUGUUGGGGGUGGGGGACAGCAAGUGACACAGCACACAACAGACGCUUACAUAACCAUGACUUCAGGGGACGGGAGAAAGCUGUGAAUGAACCUCCCAAAUUCAGGAACAUGACAUUAGAACACAGCCUUUGACUUUUUCUCUUUAGCUUGACUUGAAAAACAACUUCAGAAACAUCUGUUUUCUUAAAGUGGACGUUCCAUCACUCUGAGAACUUCUUUACCUCUGUUAUUAAGCGUGUGGACUUUUAACGUUUUAGGAUUAGAAGGGAGCUCAGAGCCCAGCUGUCUACAGAUUUAACACAGAGACAGACUUCAUAAUAGAAACACCUGCAGUUGUAUCAAUGACUGGGGAAAGAUAGUGGCAACAAGCAAAGGAAGAACAGCUCUGACACACUAAGGACAAUGAGUAUGCUAAAACCAAGUGGGCUUAAGGCCCCAACCAAGAUCCUUAAGCCUGGAAGCACAGCCCUCAAGACACCAGCUGUUGUAGUUCCAAUAGAAAAAACAAUAUCCAGUGACAAAGCAUCAAGCACUCCAUCCUCUGAAGCACAAGAGGAGUUUGUGGAUGACUUUCGUGUUGGGGAGCGAGUUUGGGUGAAUGGGAAUAAACCUGGAUUUAUCCAGUUUCUGGGAGAAACCCAGUUUGCACCAGGCCAGUGGGCCGGGAUCGUUUUAGAUGAACCCAUAGGCAAGAAUGACGGUUCAGUGGCCGGAGUUCGGUAUUUCCAGUGUGAGCCUUUAAAGGGCAUAUUCACCCGACCUUCAAAGUUGACGAGGAAGGUGCAGGCAGAAGAUGAAGCUGACGGCCUGCAGACAACUCAGGCUUCCCGAGCUACUUCGCCCCUGUCCACUUCGGCAGCCAGCAUGGUAUCCUCUCCUCCAGCCACCUCCUCAAACAUUCCUCAUAAAUCGUCUCAGCCAACUGCAAAGGAGCCCUCGGCCACGUCUCAGAUCAGCAACCUUACAAAAACUGCUAGUGAAUCUAUCUCCAACCUUUCAGAGGCCGGCUCAAUCAAGAAAGGAGAAAGAGAGCUCAAAAUCGGAGACCGAGUGUUGGUUGGUGGCACGAAGGCUGGUGUGGUCCGGUUUCUGGGGGAGACAGACUUCGCCAAGGGGGAGUGGUGUGGUGUGGAGUUGGAUGAGCCACUGGGGAAGAAUGACGGGGCUGUUGCCGGAACCAGGUAUUUUCAAUGUCAACCCAAAUAUGGCCUGUUUGCUCCUGUCCACAAAGUGACCAAGAUUGGCUUCCCUUCCACCACACCAGCCAAAGCCAAAGCUGCUGCUGUGAGGCGGGUGAUGGCAACCACUCCCGCCAGCCUGAAGCGCAGCCCCUCCGCCUCCUCUCUCAGCUCCAUGAGCUCCGUGGCCUCCUCCGUGAGCAGCAAGCCCAGUCGGACAGGAUUGUUGACUGAAACCUCGUCCCGUUACGCCAGGAAGAUCUCCGGCACCACCGCCCUCCAGGAGGCCCUGAAGGAGAAGCAGCAGCACAUUGAGCAGCUGCUGGCUGAGCGGGAUCUGGAGAGGGCGGAGGUGGCCAAGGCCACAAGCCACGUGGGGGAGAUAGAACAGGAACUAGCUCUGGCCCGGGAUGGACACGACCAGCACGUCCUGGAGCUGGAGGCCAAGAUGGACCAGCUACGAACGAUGGUGGAAGCUGCCGACAGGGAGAAGGUGGAGCUGCUCAACCAACUUGAAGAGGAGAAAAGGAAGGUUGAGGACCUUCAGUUCCGAGUUGAGGAAGAAUCAAUUACCAAGGGGGAUCUUGAGCAAAAGAGCCAGAUUUCUGAAGAUCCUGAGAAUACGCAGACCAAACUGGAGCAUGCCCGCAUUAAGGAGCUUGAACAGAGCCUGCUCUUUGAAAAGACCAAAGCUGACAAACUCCAGAGGGAGUUAGAAGACACUAGGGUGGCCACGGUGUCUGAAAAGUCCCGCAUAAUGGAACUAGAGAAAGACCUGGCGCUCAGAGUGCAGGAAGUAACUGAGCUGCGAAGGAGGCUGGAGUCCAGUAAGCCUGCCGGGGAUGUCGACAUGUCACUCUCCCUUUUGCAAGAGAUAAGCUCUUUGCAAGAAAAGUUAGAAGCCACCCACACAGACCACCAGAAAGAAAUGGCUUCUCUGAAGGAGCAUUUUGGAGCUCGGGAAGAAACACACCAGAAGGAGAUCAAGGCUCUUCAGGCGGCCACAGAGAAGCUUUCCAAAGAGAACGAGUCUCUGAAAGGCAAGCUCGAUCACGCCAACAAGGAGAACUCAGACGUGAUAGCCCUGUGGAAGUCCAAGCUGGAGACGGCCAUCGCGUCCCACCAACAGGCGAUGGAGGAGUUGAAGGUGUCCUUCAGCAAGGGGGUCGGCACGGAGACAGCCGAACUUGCCGAGUUAAAGACACAAAUAGAGAAGAUGAGGCUAGAUUACCAGCACGAAAUAGAAAGCUUGCAGAACAAACAAGACUCCGAAAGGUCUGCUCACACCAAAGAGCUGGAAGCCCUAAGGGCUAAACUGAUGAAGGUCAUUAAAGAGAAGGAGAACAGUCUGGAAGCCAUCAAGUCGAAGCUGGACAGAGUGGAAGACCAGCACCUCGUAGAAAUGGAGGACACCUUAAACAAAUUGCAGGAGGCCGAGAUAAAGGUAAAGGAGCUAGAGGUACUGCAAGCCAAAUGCAAGGAACAAACCAAGGUUAUUGAUAAUUUUACAUCACAGCUCAAGGCUGCCGAAGAAAAGCUCUCGGAUCUUGAUGCGCUUCGGAAAGCCAGUUCCGAAGGUAAAUCAGAAAUCGAGAACCUUAGACAGCAGCUCGAGGCAGCUGAGAAACAGAUCAAAAAUUUAGAGAUUGAAAAGAAUGCUGAAAGUGGCAAGGCUAGUAGCAUCACCAAAGAGCUGCAGGGAAAAGAGCUAAUGCUUAAUAACCUUCAGGAAAACUUGAGUGAAGUCAGUCAAGUGAAAGAGGCUUUGGAAAAAGAACUUCAGAUUUUGAAAGAAAAGUUUGCUGAUGCUUCAGAGGAGGCAGUCUCUGUUCAGAGAAGUAUGCAAGAAACUGUAAAUCAAUUACACCAAAAAGAGGAGCAAUUUAACGCGCUGUCUUCUGAGUUGGAGAAGUUGAGAGAAAAUUUAACAGAUAUGGAGGCAAAAUUCAGAGAGAGAGAUGAAAGAGAAGAGCAGUUGAUAAAGGCAAAGGAAAAAUUGGAAAAUGACAUUGCAGAAAUAAUGAAAAUGUCAGGAGACCAUUCUUCUCAGCUGACGAAAAUGAAUGAUGAGUUACGUCUGAAAGAAAGAAAUGUAGAAGAAUUACAGCUAAAACUUACCAAGGCCAAUGAAAAUGCAAGUUUUCUGCAGAAAAGUAUUGGAGAAGUAACUCUCAAAGCUGAACAAAGCCAACAGGAAGCAGCUAAAAAGCAUGAGGAAGAAAAGAAAGAAUUGCUGCAAAAAUUGUCAGAUCUGGAAAAGAAGAUGGAAAUGAGCCACAACGAAUGUCAGGAUCUGAAAGCGAGGUAUGAGGAAGCCAGUUCUGAGGCCAAGGCCAAGCAUGAAGAAGUCCUGCAGAACCUCCAGAAGACGCUGUUGGACACGGAGGAGCGGCUGAAGGCCGCGCAGGAGGAGAACAGUGACUUGCUGCAGGAGAUGGAGGAGCUGGAGAAGCAGGCUGGCAAAGCCAGAGCUGCUCAAACAGCAGAAGAUGCCAUGCAGAUCAUGGAACAGAUGACCAAAGAGAAGACUGAAACCCUGGCCUCCUUGGAGGAUUCCAAGCAAACAAAUGAAAAACUGCAGAAUGAAUUGGAUACACUUAAAGAAAACAACUUGAAAAAUGUAGAAGAGCUGAACAAAUCAAAAGAACUGCUGACUGUAGAAAAUCAAAAAAUGGAAGAAUUCAGGAAAGAAAUCGAAACCCUCAAGCAGGCAGCAGCUCAGAAGUCCCAGCAGCUUUCAGCAUUGCAAGAGGAGAACGUGAAACUUGCCGAGGAGCUGGGGAGAAGCAGGGACGAAGUCACAAGUCACCAGAAGCUGGAAGAAGAGAGAUCUGUGCUCAAUAAUCAGUUGUUAGAAAUGAAAAAGAGAGAAUCCAAGUUAAUAAAAGACGCAGAUGAAGAAAAAGCUUCCUUGCAGAAAUCCAUCAGUAUUACUAGUGCCUUACUCACAGAAAAGGAUGCAGAGCUGGAAAAACUGAGAAAUGAGGUCACGGUGCUCAGGGGAGAGAACGCCUCUGCCAAGUCCUUGCAUUCAGUUGUUCAGUCUCUAGAGUCUGAUAAGGUGAAGCUUGAGCUCAAGGUAAAGAACUUGGAGCUUCAACUCAAAGAAAACAAGAGGCAGCUCAGCAGCUCCUCAGGUAAUACUGAUACUCAGGCAGAAGAGGAUGAAAGAGCCCAGGAGAGUCAGCAAAUGAUCGAUUUCCUAAAUUCAGUAAUAGUGGACCUUCAGAGGAAGAAUCAGGACCUCAAGAUGAAGGUGGAGAUGAUGUCGGAAGCAGCUCUGAAUGGGAACGGCGACGACCUGAACAGUUACGACAGCGAUGAUCAGGAGAAACAGUCCAAGAAGAAACCUCGCCUCUUCUGUGACAUAUGUGACUGCUUUGACCUCCAUGACACAGAGGAUUGUCCCACCCAGGCACAGAUGUCUGAGGACCCCCCCCAUUCCACACACCACGGCAGUCGGAGCGAGGAACGCCCCUACUGUGAAAUCUGUGAGAUGUUCGGGCACUGGGCAACCAACUGCAAUGAUGACGAGACCUUCUGAUGAAGCCUCCCAUCAAGAACUGGGCUUUCUCAGAUGCGCUGGCAUUGAGGCAGUGACCACCAGCAUCACGUGUGCGGACUUCAGGAGAACUCAUGUUUAUUUUUUACCCCCACCAACAAAUCUAAGAAAAUAUUUUGCUCGUCAACAAAUCGCCCUUUUAGUCUCCACCUCUAAGUUUUUAAGUUAGAAUAAUAAAUAGUUAGGUGAGUUUUCACCUCUAAUUUUGUCUUCCUGAUUUUUAAAAGUAUUAACCAGACAUUGCACCGGAUGCCAUUACAUUUAUUGUCCCUAGGGAAACCUCAUAGAACAAUUCCUACCCUUACAAUACCUUAUUUAAGUAACUUUAAAUUAUGCCGUUACUUUUCAUAUUUGCACUAAAUAUUUCCAGGCUGCAUUUGUAUAUUUAGAUGUUUUGGUUAAGCUUCAACACUGGAAUGAGUUGAAAAAAAUGUGCCAUUUUGCAUUUUCAUCUACUCAUUUAAAGUAUUUUAUUCUUAAAAGAACUAUCUGAGCUCUUUGCACUACCUGAUGUUAGUAGUGCCUUUAUUUCAUGCUUGAUGAUACUUAGGUGUGAUUAUAAAAUCAUGAAACAGGUCAAGGGAGGGGAAAGCCCCUGAACUGCUGUGGGUACAUUUUAUAAUCUCUAUGCUGCACCCACGUACUCUACUGUGGUGUUCUGUUCAUUGGUUUUGCAUAAUUUCAGCUUCUAUAUAUUAUAUGUAUAUAUUUUUGUAAAAUCUAUAUUUUGGGAAAAAACAUACACAAUGUGUCUUUCUUUUCAGAUUUUUACCUUUAUGAAAAAUAAAACACUUCAAGAUAUUCAUCAGGACAUAACAGACUAGGCCAGAAAUAGCAUCUUGUGGCUUUGCAGCUAUUUUCUUCUUUUUGUUUUUAUUUCUUUAUCAGAUAUAAAUCACUGGGAGAAUUUUCUCCGGAUUUUAUUUUCCUUCUCCAGCAGAUAUCCCCAGCAGUAAUUUAAUUAGAUAAUAAGCCACUACAGAACACCUAAAUUAACCGAUCUACAAUCUUUACAAGUUUUUUUUUUACUGUGUUUUUAGAUGAAUGUAUGAUGAGAAAUUCAACAUUAAUAAUUUUGGAUUUUCUUAUCACAAAAAAAUAAAAAUGAAGGACCUCAACCAGGAGAACUUUUAUCAACCAGUUUGAAUCUAUUUAUCUUCAUUUGAAUGUCUUCUAGAAUAUGUAAAAAGUAAUAAAUAAAUGUAUCAUCCAUGAGACAUGUAUAAUAAGAAGUUCUAUAAUUGUAUAUAUGCCUUUGAUGUAUUUUCCCCUCGAGAUUAUCAACUAUGUGUUUGACAAGUGAAAGAUAAACCUGUAAUCAGUUCAAAUUUUUGGUUAUAAACAUGAAUAGGAACUGUUUCACAAACUAUGUGUAAAGCAGUAUUAAAAUUUGAGCAAACAAGUGUUCUGUAUCUACAUUAAUAAAGGGUUAUUCUUUUUUGCCAGUGGUA